AGCGUUACUUCAUUUAGAUUGCUGUAUUCUAGCAGCCUAUCACACAUUGUAGAACUCUCAUAAAAGCUGAAAAGAACAGCCAAGAAAUGCAUUAAGGGACUUAGCUUAUUAAUGGCCAGUCACAUAUAGACUCAUUUUUCUUGCCAUAGGCUUUUAUGAUCUAGCAAUAGAAAAUUUUUUCUUCAUCUUUUUCAGAAAUAACAGAGAGUUCCAAGAAAUGGAAGCUGCUGCUAGUAAAAGAAGAAAAGCUGAGUAUCAUCAGGGUUAAUAACUCCUACUUGAGAUCCAUGAAUGAUCACAGAGUUACGCUUCUAUAUCGAACUUUCCAGUGCCAUUAGUAAUAUGCUGCCUGUCUGGGACAUUGGUACCCUCAUGGUGAGAAGACUAUUUCUUCUUCACACCAAAUAGAAGAGCUACAGGAACAAUGGCUUCUAAGGUCUCAUGCUUGUACGUUUUGACAGUAGUUUGCUGGGCAAGCGCUCUCUGGUACUUAAGUAUAACUCGUCCUACUUCUUCCUACACUGGCCACAGACAGGUCAAUAGCAUAUCAAUAGCCAGAAAAAAUGUCUCCUUUGGCAACAUAAGAACUCGACCUAUAAAUCCACAUUCCUUUGACUUUCUCAUCAAUGAACCUAAUAAAUGCGAGAAGAGCGUCCCUUUCUUGGUCAUUCUUAUCAGCACAACUCACAAAGAGUUUGAUGCAAGGCAAGCAAUUCGGGAAACGUGGGGAGACGAAAACAAUUUUAAAGGAAUUAAGAUUGCCACGCUAUUUCUUCUUGGGAAAAAUGCAGAUCCUGUAUUAAAUCAGAUGGUAGAGCAAGAAAGCCAAAUUUUUCAUGACAUUAUUGUAGAGGAUUUUAUUGAUUCCUAUCAUAACCUCACUCUGAAAACAUUAAUGGGGAUGAGGUGGGUAGCAACAUAUUGUUCAAAAGCAAAGUACGUUAUGAAGACAGACAGUGAUAUUUUUGUAAAUAUGGAUAAUCUUAUUUAUAAGCUGCUCAAACCUAACACCAAGCCAAGGAGAAGGUACUUCACUGGUUACGUUAUCAACGGAGGGCCAAUACGAGAUGUUCGCAGCAAGUGGUACAUGCCCAGAGAUUUGUAUCCUGACAGCAAUUACCCACCCUUCUGUUCGGGCACUGGCUACAUUUUUUCAGCAGAUGUAGCAGAACUGAUUUACAAAACUUCCCUUCACACCAGACUCCUCCAUCUGGAAGAUGUGUAUGUUGGACUCUGCCUUCGGAAGCUGGGCAUCCACCCCUUCCAGAACAGUGGCUUCAACCACUGGAAAAUGGCCUACAGCUUGUGCAGGUACCGCAGGGUGAUCACGGUGCACCAGAUAACACCAGAAGAAAUGCACAGAAUUUGGAAUGACAUGUCAAGCAAGAAGCAUCUUAGAUGUUAAGAUUUUUACAGAUGUAAAUACCUUUUUUAAAUUUUGCUUUACUCUGGUUAUUUUUUGACAAAGUGAUGUACUGAUUUACAGGUUAAACUGUGGGAUAUUACUGUGAGAGGAUUUUUAACGACUGAUUUCUCAUUCUCAUUUUGACUACUGGUUUACAGACUUCAGGCUCUUUUCAUAAGGACAUUACACCAGUCAAAAGGAUCUAUAGUCAAAGCUCAGAUUUUGUAUAUUAUCCUCUAUCACACAUAUCAGCUCCUGCAUCUGUAUGUAAAAGGACAGUAAUAAGCUAUUAUGAGCUGCUUAACAGUUCACGCCCCAGCCUCUGAGAUAAGACUCGGGCCCUACGAAAUGAAGAAUAUACUUUUAUCCCUUUUUGACACCCAACAAUCAUCCCUAUCUAGAGCUUUGUUAAUAAAUUGAACAGUAUGUAUUUGCAAAGAUCUCAUAUGCCUACCUUGGCAUCUAUAUCUUACAGAACAAUGUGUGCAGUUCCCAAGCAGGUUGCUGACGGUGCAAUAGCAGAAUUUAGACAGGUAAGAACAUCAAAGUCUCACAGGCCUUAGAACCAAACUCACACACAGAAGCACGUUUUUAUCCCCCAAAUAAAUCAUUUCACAUAAUACUCAAUUUCUCGCCACUGUUACAAGUAGACCCAAAAAUAUCUAAUCAAACUUUGAAAUGAAAUAGAAUCUGUAAAUUAAAUGCAAGAUGGGAAACAUAUGGAAAAUCAUCUUAAACAUCAGUGAUCAUUUUAAAGUGAAUGCAACAUUUCUCAUUAGUAUUGGUGCCUGUGAAUCUCUCCCUGUUUUGGAGUACAUUAAUGAGUAUGGUAACAAUAUUGGUUUUUAUUUGGAAAGAAGAUUGAAUGACUUGUAUACAAACACAAUUUUAUCAAAUAAAAUGAUCAAUGUUAGUUGGACUACUAUUUACCUGAAAAAAAAUCUAACACAAAAGAACAUUACUUAAGGGUAAACUCCGUUUUUUGCUACUGUGCAUAUGAAAAGGAGAUUAAACCAUAUUUUUAAUAGUUUUUGUCCAGUGGAUUUUCUGUUGAUUGGACAACACACAGCUUCCAUAGAAAAACAGAGAGCUUUUAAAAAAAAAAAAAUCCUUCUGCCUUUGUAACCAAUCUGCAGCUUUCCACUGCAGAACCAAUGCUCACUGAGGUCCAGCUCAAAAAAGCACCAGAACGAACUUAGAAAUCCCAGGGCAUGUGAUAAAAAUCAAAUAUGCAAGAUUGUAUUCAGGUUUUGUAAUGUACUUAGAUGUUCUAAAUAUGAAUGUUAAUGAGAUGUGAUGAAAAUUAUUUCCUGAAAAACUCUUCAAUGUAUUCGUACCAUCCCUACUCAGCACUGCCUUUAAAAAAGAACUCUAAUGUGAUAUUGCUUAGCAAGUAACUUGGAAUGAGGAAUUCAUAGGCAAGCCACAGGUAUGAAAUUCACCAAGUGUAUUAUUCACACCGUCCACAGCACACACAUAGGCUUCAUUCAUUUCAGUGGGAGAUACACGUAACAUGAAAAUCUGCUAAGAACGACGUUAUUCAGGAUGUCGAUAAAGUUGUCAGAAAUUAACUGAACCAGAAUUUAAAGGAGAACUCUAUACCGAUUUUGCCAUAGGUGUACAUAGUACUUUAUAACAACAAUAGCAAUUGAAUGAGGAUCCUACCCCAAACGGUUUGCAGUUUCAAGACAUACUGUUAUUCACAGGUACAAUACUAUUGUUUCAUGAGAAUUACUUGUAAAUAAGGUGAAGGAUAUCUGGCAUUUGAGCUCCAUACAGUAAAUGCCUCAGAGAUCUACUUCAAAUCUAAAACAUGAAGCUACAGAACAGAUAGCGCUGCAUUUACUAGCUAGUCAACAGGAGCUCAUGAAAAUCAGUAAUUUUAUACAAAAAUACUGAAUCUCCUGCAGCAUAAUUAAGAUUUAUCCUUCUCUAGUUGACCCAGUCCUUGUUUCAGUUUCUCUUGCUUCCUUACAAAUUCAGAACUCCAACAAAACAAGGUCCAACUAAUUGCAUAUAUGUAUAUAAGAAACAGAGAGUGAAAUUCAGUUUUUUUUAAUCAGGUCCCAAAAUAUGCAGUUAGGGAAGGAAAACUAGGGUGGAAUUCAUCCCCAACCCUCAGUAGGUCACAGAGCAUGAAUGUAACCAUGUAACCAGGGCACACUUUGUAGUAAUUACAAAAAAAGGCUGCAAUCUCUUCUACCAUUUGUUGAUACUGUGUUGUAAUUUGGGGUUUCUGAAUCCACAAUCAUAUGGAUUUGGUGGCUUUAAUUCUUCUGCUGAUGAUUCUAUAGUCCAUGGCUAAUAAAACCAAGAACGGCAGGGCUCCCAGUCCUGAUACCUCAGGGCUCAAGUAGCACAGCAGCCUUGAAUUACUCCUAGUAGAAGUAGACUGCAUUAACAAUUGGAGCGUGCACCUUGAAAAGAACAUCUUCAAAAAUAUAUUUCCUGCCAUUUAUAAAUAGAUAGAUCUUCAAUGACAAUGUAAAUUUUCACCUUGGAAACUAUGUACAUAUUCCUAAGGCAUUUUCUUCUGUAUUCAGCUGUAUAUAUGUGUGUAGGGUCUGCUUGCUAUGUAGUAUUCUGUUAUGCAUGGAGCUGAAUUAGGCAUUAUAUUUGUCCAGUGUUUCAAGAGCCUUAAGCAUGUGUGCCCUAACUUUUGAAUGUACAAGACUUUUUUCUUUUAUUGUCAAGUGAAUUUAAAUCUACAAAACCUAAUUUUCUACUUCUGUUAGUUUUCUCAUAGUAGGCUUCACUAGAUUGUUACACAUAAAUAAAGAGAUUAAUUUUCCCUUUGCUCAGAAAUUGCAUUAUUUCAAUCUAGAGCUAGAAAGGGAAACCGUGACAGCCAUGCAUCUACUUGUGGACAGCAUGGGUUUUAUUCUCCCUUUCACUUAAAAGUACUUGUGUCACCUUGGGUACUGUUAACAAAUAACAGUGUUUGCACUGAGCUUCCAUUAAACAAAAGAAGUAUUUGCUCCUUAAAGGUCAUUUUGUUUCACUGGGCAUGGGGCAAAUGACAAUUUGGUUAAGAUGUUCUGGCUUCUAGUCACUUCAAAACUGUGAAGUAAUCAUUUUUAUUUCAAAGCAUCCACUAACAAAGCACAGUGAACUAAGAAUCUAUGGGAAAGCAUCUCUUUUGGAGGAACUUUUCACAAAACACUUUUUGGCUAAAUUCAUGAGAGUAUUUAAUCAGAAGUCUCAAGAUUCAUUUUCCGUCUUUCCUAAUAAUAAUCUUAAGUAUCAAUUUUCAUUUGUUACAGGGAUUUUUGUCUUUAUAACGUAGAUGGCAAUGGCAUUUGUAAAUGAAGAGUGUAAUUAACUAGAAAAGCUUAUCAACAGUAACCAAACUUUAGGUGUAUCAUUAUAUACAACUGGCUGUACUUAUGUAUUUAUUUGUCUAAAUUGUAUAUAUUGUUUUAUCUCCCGUGUCUGUAGGAGUGCAUUCUUUUAGAUUAAAGUAUUAUUUACAGUUUUGUGGGAUUGCCAGCAA